AUGUGGCUCGGGCACGGCACCAGCUGCUACAAGAAGAUGGAGGUCCCCAACGGUUGGCUGGGCGCCUGGCACCACUGUGUCUCUGAGGGCGGCAACCUGGUCUCUAUCACCUCCUCGGCCGAGGAAAACUUUGUGAAGGCAACCAUGGGCGGGGACACCCGCUUCUGGCUGGGACUCUCCAACCAGAAAUGCGACAAGGUCUGGUGUCGCUUUGAAGGCGGGAGCCAGAAGCUGACCUGGUCCGAUGGCCAGACAACAACACACCGCAACUGGGCCUCAAAUAAACUCGAAAGGUUGACUUUGAAAGGAGAAAAGCUCAAACAGGUCUUUUUGUAUGCAGACUGCCCGACGUGUUCCCCCAAAUUUGGUCCUGCUGUACUGAAGACUUCUGACUGCGACGAUGGCAACUUCCUUUAUGGCGAUCAUUGCUAUCUUUUUGGCCCGAUAGCUGAAACUCAAGAGGAUGCCGAGAAGUUCUGUGUCGCCCGGGGAGCCCACCUGCCUCGCAUCCACUCUAAGCGAGAUGCCCAAUUCCUGCAUGAUCACUUUAAAAAAGGAAGUGCACCUUGGGUGGGACUCAAAAAGAAGGCCAACAACUACAAGUGGAAUGACGGAACAGCUUUGGACUACGAAGACCUCAAUGACAGAAGUUACUCCGGUGGUGACUGUGCAUUAAUACUUGCUGGUGCACGGGUCUACCUGAACUACAGAUGCCGAGCCACGCAGUCAGUUAUCUGCCAAACAGCCAAGCGCGGCGGAUGGCGUCCACAGCUGCCACCAUUGGUGGGCCAACCUGACUGGACUGAAAAAUGCGACUGGUGGCUGGACCACCCCUCCGGCGACUUCUGCUACCUGGUCAUCCCACAGCCCACCAAGACCUGGCAGGAGGCGCAAGACCACUGCCAAGCCCACCAAGGGAACCUGCUCAGCAUCGCCGACUCGCACGAGCAGGACUUUGUAUACGGUCAUGUCCAGAGUCAGGCACAAGCGUCCUCUCUGUGGUUGGGCGCCGAUGUCUCACUCGAUGACGAUGACGGCAAAUGGAUUGACGGAUCCUCGUUCACGUUCAAGCGCCAUUGUGAAGGAGACGCCGAAGGGGGGAAAUGUCUUUCCUUGCUCACUGGCAGCAGUGACUGGAAGCGUGACAAGUGCGACAACAUGAAAGGCUACGUCUGCAAGAAAAGAGGAAAAGGUAAGUGAGAUGUGACGCCCCACGGUGGGUGGACCU